AGACGAAGUCAGGAUGGUUGUGUGCGCGUCUCUGGCCUGCCCAGUGUCUUCACGUAGGACUCCCGAGUAGGAUAUUCAGGGUCGAAUCUCAUCUCCUUCACUCUGUGAGAUUUUUUUGAUCUUCAGCUACAUUUUUCAGCUUUGUGAAGAACCUUCACUUCAAAGAAAAUGGCUAGCAAUGUUACCAACAAGACAGAUCCUCGCUCUAUGAAUUCCCGUGUAUUCAUUGGGAAUCUCAACACUCUUGUGGUCAGGAAGUCUGAUGUGGAGGUCAUCUUCUCAAAGUAUGGCAAAAUUGUUGUCUGCUCUGUUCGUAAGGGCUUUGCCUUUGUCCAGUAUGUUAAUGAGAGAAAUGCCCGAGCUGCUGUAGCAGGAGAGGAUGGGAGGAUGAUUGCUGGCCAGGUUUUAGAUAUUAGUCUGGCUGCAGAGCCAAAAGUGAACCGAGGAAAAGCAGGUGUGAAACGAUCUGCAGCGGAGAUGUACGGCUCCUCCUGUGACUUGGAUUAUGACUUUCAGCGUGAUUAUGACGACAGGAUGUACAGUUAUCCAGCACGUGUUCCUCCUCCUCCUAUUGCUCCUGCUGUGGUGCCCUCUAAACGCCAGCAGGUAUCCGGAAACACCUCACGAAGGGGCAAAAGUGGCUUUAAUUCUGAGAGUGGACAGCGAGCAUCAUCUUCUAAAUCUGGAAAGUUGAAAGGAGAUGACCUUCAAGCCAUUAAGAAGGAACUUACCCAGAUAAAACAAAAAGUGGAUUCUCUACUGGAAAGCUUGGAAAACAUAGAAAAGGAACAGAGCAAACAAGCAGACUUGUCCUUAUCAACCCCAGUAGAGGUAAAGAAUGAAAAGACUGAAGAGGAGCAAACUAGCACCUCUGUGAAGAAAGACGAGACUAACGUGAAGAUGGAGUCUGAGGCGGGUGCAGACGACUCUGCUGAGGAGGGAGAGCUUCUGGAUGACGACGAUAAUGAAGAUCAGGGAGAGGACCAGCUGGAAUUGAUCAAAGAUGAUGAAACAGAGGCUGAGGAAGGAGAGGAUGACAGAGACAGCGCCAAUGGCGAGGAUGACUCUUAAGCACCUAGCAAGCUUUAGAAAUCUUACCGAUUGUUUCUUUACCUAGGCGUUUGUCCAAGAUCAAAAUUACACCAGAUUCACUCCCCUAGAAUCUUCAGCACAUUUUCACUGUUGUUCUCCCUUUCCUUGUCCUACCCACGUUCAUUCAUUCAUACUAUACUGCCCAAUGCCAAGUUCCAUUUUCACUUCCUUUGACGCUCGAAGUAGUUGUGUUAAGUCUUACCCUGUAAUUUUUGCUUUUGAUACCUCUUUAUGACUUAACAAUAAA